AUGCGGCAUUCUUCCGAUUCCUGUUACUUCAAUCUUCCCGGCUUUCGAUUCAAUCCCACCGAGGAGGAGCUUGUCAGUUUCUAUCUCGAGUACAAGGUCCGAGGCAAGUUGAAUCUCCCCCCGGGCGUGAUCUUAGAUGUGGACUUUUAUCAUCACGAUCCAUGGGAGCUCUCUGAUAUGAUUCCAAGCGAGAACACCAAGUUGUUCUACUUCUUCGUGCCGAGAGACCGCAAGUAUCCCGAUGGAUCGCGUCCCAGGCGAGUGGCAAGAUCCGGCUACUGGAAAGCCACUGGAACCGAUCAUAAAGUCUUCGAUUUAAGAGGCAAAUGGAUUGGCAAGAAGAAGACUCUGGUUUUCUACCAAGGCCGAGCUCCCAAAGGAAACAAGACCAACUGGGUGAUGAACGAAUUCAGGCUUCCCUGGACUGAUUAUCCAAACUCCAUUGCCAAAGAGGAAUUCGAUGUCACCUUGUGCCGGAUGUAUCAGAAGAGCAGCUCUUCACGACCCCCGACGAGAUUCUCCACCAGGAGCUCCAAAGUCUGUGACCUUCUACUCAGUGCUCCUUCCUUGGAGGAUGAGAAACCAAACUCAGUGCCAUCCCCGGACGAUGAAAGAUCGGGGGAGAGCUUGCUGGAUAGUGAUGCUGCCACUGGAGAAAUCUCCGAACUCCUCAUGGACUGGAGCAAUGUGGAGGAGGUUCUUUUUCCAGAGUUCAACCUCAAGGUGGAAACUCACAACCUUGCCCCGUCGUCGUCUGCUUGGCCACUGGAAUUCUCUCCUGGGAUUCUGGUAACUCCCACCUCCAUCGCUGGACACUGCCUCUGGGAAAAUCAAAGUGAGAAAAACCACUAAAACCUCAUGCAAGAACGUUUAGUCAUGUCACGUGUCACGGAUCUCGUCAAUGCUCGAGGCGUCUUAUUCAACUAUACGGAGUCAAGGUGUUAUUUAAAUAAAAAAUCGUUCAACCGCAAGAUAAACGUGUCACGUAAACU